UUGUGGCUUGGUGCAUCCGCAGAAAGCGGUGCCAACAAAUCCAACCUGUCUCCUCUGCUUCGUUGCCUCUUCUUUCCUCUCCUCCUCUAGGAACAGAGUGUUCCUUGCUCCGGUGGGGCAGCUCUCUUGUGUCCAAGCGAAAUGGCUGAGCCCAGAUUAUGGUAACGCGAGCGGGUUCGAAUAACCCGCUUCCGUGGAGCGCAAACGGGCUCCCUGAGCUGGAAGAUGAACACGGUGCACGACGCGCGGACCGAGGCGCGGGAGCGGCCGAACCGGCGGACGGUGGACCAGCUGAGCCCGGAGCUCCGCGUGGAGAAGUACAUCCUGCUGAGCAUGGAUGGGAAGCUGCUGGGACCGGAGCUGAGCCGGAUCCGGAGCGAGAUGGCCCUGCCCCUGGAGCGCCUGGAUGCUGACCUGCCCCAGGACCUGCCCGCGGGCUACCUCUGGCGCCAGCGCCGCUCGCUGCCCACCUUCCCCCUCGCCCCGGGGAGCGGCCCCCAGAGCCCCGCGGACCUCAGGGACUUCCUUCCCCGAGGCUCUGGAAUUGUCACUCGGCGGCCUCUCAUCCUUCAGCUCAUCUUCUCCAAGACAGAAUAUGCUGAGUUUUUGCACUGCAAAUCCAAAAAGUUCACGGAUUUUGACGAGGUGCGGCAAGAGAUCGAAGCAGAAACGGACAGAGUCACAGGCACAAACAAAGGCAUCUCUCCUGUCCCCAUCAACCUUCGUGUCUAUUCGCCACACGUGUUGAACCUGACUCUGAUUGACCUCCCGGGUAUCACCAAAGUGCCAGUGGGGGACCAACCACAAGAUAUUGAGUACCAGAUCAAAGACAUGAUCAUGCAGUUCAUCAGUAGGGAGAGCAGCUUGAUCCUUGCUGUGACGCCAGCCAACAUGGAUCUGGCCAACUCAGAUGCGCUCAAGAUGGCAAAAGAAGUCGAUCCUCAAGGCUUGCGGACGAUUGGAGUGAUCACCAAGUUAGAUCUGAUGGAUGAAGGCACAGAUGCCAGAGAUGUGCUGGAGAACAAGCUGCUUCCUUUACGAAGAGGCUACAUCGGUGUCGUUAACCGGAGCCAGAAGGACAUUGAUGGUAAGAAGGACAUUAGGGCGGCGCUGGCAGCGGAGCGGAAGUUCUUCCUUUCUCACCCGGCUUACAGACACAUGGCAGACCGGAUGGGCACCCCACAUUUGCAGAAGGUCCUUAACCAGCAACUGACCAACCACAUUCGGGAGACACUGCCUUCACUGCGCAGCAAGCUUCAGAGUCAGCUGCUGUCCCUGGAGAAGGAAGUUGAGGAGUACAAGAAUUUCCGCCCUGAUGAUCCCACGCGAAAAACCAAAGCUUUGUUACAAAUGGUCCAGCAGUUUGGUGUAGACUUUGAGAAGCGGAUUGAAGGUUCAGGAGACCAGGUGGACACACUGGAACUCUCCGGGGGUGCCCGAAUCAAUCGCAUUUUCCAUGAGAGGUUUCCUUUUGAGCUAGUCAAGAUGGAGUUUGACGAGAAGGAUUUGAGACGAGAAAUAAGCUAUGCAAUUAAAAACAUCCAUGGUGUGAGGACGGGGCUCUUCACGCCCGACAUGGCCUUUGAAGCCAUAGUGAAAAAACAGAUUGUAAAGCUUAAAGAGCCCAGUUUGAAGUGUGUUGAUCUGGUGGUCUCAGAGCUGGCCACAGUCAUUAAAAAGUGUGCCGAAAAGCUUGGUUCCUACCCCAGGUUACGAGAGGAGACGGAGAGGAUCGUUACCACUCACAUCAGGGAACGGGAAGGCAAAACGAAGGACCAGAUUCUCCUGCUGAUUGACAUUGAGCUCUCCUACAUCAACACUAACCACGAAGACUUUAUUGGAUUUGCCAAUGCACAGCAAAGGAACACCCAGACGAACAAGAAAAGAGCCAUCCCGAAUCAGGGUGAGAUACUGGUGAUCCGCAGGGGCUGGCUGACCAUUAACAACAUCAGCAUCAUGAAGGGAGGCUCCAAGGAGUACUGGUUUGUGCUGACGGCAGAGUCGUUGUCCUGGUACAAGGAUGAGGAGGAGAAGGAGAAGAAAUACAUGUUGCCUUUGGAUAAUUUGAAAAUCAGGGACGUGGAGAAGGGAUUUAUGUCUAAUAAACAUGUCUUUGCCAUCUUCAACACAGAGCAGAGGAACGUGUACAAAGAUCUCCGUCAGAUUGAGCUGGCCUGCGACUCCCAAGAAGACGUGGACAGCUGGAAAGCCUCUUUCCUCCGAGCGGGAGUUUACCCAGAGAAAGACCAAACUGAGAACGAAGAUGGCGUCCAAGAGAACACCUUCUCCAUGGACCCUCAGCUGGAGCGCCAGGUGGAAACCAUCCGCAACCUUGUCGACUCCUACGUCGGCAUCAUCAACAAGUCCAUCCGGGACCUCAUGCCAAAGACGAUAAUGCACCUCAUGAUAAACAAUACCAAGGAUUUCAUCCACUCGGAGCUGUUGGCCUACCUAUACUCGUCCGCUGACCAGAACAGCCUGAUGGAGGAGUCGGCUGACCAGGCGCAGAGGAGGGAUGACAUGCUGCGAAUGUACCAUGCCCUGAAAGAGGCCUUGAACAUCAUCGGAGACAUCAGCACCAGCACGGUAUCCACGCCGGUCCCCCCGCCCGUGGACGACACGUGGCUGCAGACGAGCAGCGGGUGCGAAUGGCCGUCUGUGUUCCAGACCCGGUCGGAGGACGAUGAUCGUGAUGAAGUUUCUCCUCCUCGCGGCCG